AUGUCUACUUCACAAGAUGAGAAGAAGAAAGUAGUGCUCGAACGUGUUACUCCAGAGUCCUUGAAAUUAUACGCACCUCGUUUAGCAGCUAUAUUGUGUAGACAAAUAACUCAUCAAAACAGAUCAAUUAAUUUCUUAAAUCCAUUCUCGACUUCUCAAGCUAUUGAGAUAUUUGAAAAUGCUUCUUCUAGUCUUACGAAAUCAGGAGCAGGUAGAAAGAUAAUGUGGGUAGCUAAAUUACCCUCAUCAGAAACGGAUACUGCGUUGAAAAGUCUUGAUAUGGAUGGAAAAGAAACGGAUCAUUCAGAAAUUGUCGGUACUGUUCAAUUAGCAUUUCACUUUAGUCCAAAUGGUGUACAUAGAACAGAAGUAGGGAAAUUGAUAGUGGAUGAUCGGUAUGAAAGACGUGGAAUAGCACGUACAUUAAUGGAUGAAUUACAUCGUACUGCUAAAGAACAAGGAAGUACCUUAUGUCUUUUAGAUACCGAGGCUGGAUACGCGGAACAUUUUUACUCUAAACUAGGUUGGAAAUUAUCUGGUUACGUGCCAGGCUACGCAAUGACACCGGACGGCAAAGAGAAAAGAGAUGCUGCGUUCAUGUAUCUAGAAUUGUAA